GUACAUUAUACCCUGUAUUAUGAGAUGAUAAUAUUCUCCUUGAUCUCUGGACUAGUUAAUGACAAAGCUUGAUUCUGAAUGCUCACUCUAAUUUUAUUGAAAUUAUUGCUCUUGCCAGGCAGCAAAGCCAUCUCUGUAUGUUAAAGGACUGUGAAAAUGAGCCUGCGGAAGCAAACCCCUAGUGACUUCUUAAAACAAAUAAUAGGAAGGCCAGUUGUUGUAAAGUUAAAUUCUGGAGUGGACUAUCGAGGUGUCCUGGCUUGUCUGGAUGGGUAUAUGAAUAUAGCUUUGGAACAGACGGAAGAAUAUGUAAAUGGACAGUUAAAGAACAAGUAUGGGGAUGCAUUUAUCCGAGGAAACAAUGUUCUGUACAUAAGCACACAGAAGAGGAGGAUGUGAAGAUGCCAAAAAAAGGAUAUUUUGUACUGCAGAACUUGUUUUUUUUCCCCCUGAAUGAUGAGACCUGUUUGAUUUGUAGCUAGUUCUCUUUGGUUGAAAAAUACAGCUGUUUAAAUAUUUCUUUAUGUGCUGUGAAGCCAGAUAUACCACAGUGACUACUACCGGAAGGAUGUUGCUUUUUUUUUUUUUUUAAAUGCAAAGAAAUACAAUUGCAUGUUUUUCUGGGUGCCUGAUUUUUGAAGAAAUGUUUUGUUCCACUGUGAACAAAGUGAAAAAAGUGUGUAAGGGUGGGGUAGAGCAUGGAGAAUAUUUAUUGCUGCAGUAUUAAGUGAAUGGAACAUUUGGUUUAGUUGCAGUUUGAGAAUAACCGUGCAUUAUAAUCUGGUUGCAUUGGCAAAAUUACCUCCUCAGUUCCUCCCAGCUAAAUGUGAAUGCCUUGGUGAAAAUAACCUGUCCCUUGAAAGAGGGGGAAUAAGGUCAGGUUUAAAUUCCAAGCUACAUUAAGAAUCAGCAGGGUAAAAAGUUCAGCUGCUGACUGGUUAAAUUAGCCAAAAAAA